ACCAUGAAGGCACUAGUUUCCUCGUCUUAUAUUUGUCUUUCAAAGUGAAAAUGGCUUCUAAGACAUUUCUUCUUCUUGCCCUUGUUUUUGCUGUGGUUCUUCUAAUUACCUCAGAAGUUGCCGCUAGAGACUUAGCCUCCAACCAUGACGGUGAGGUUGAUGGCGGUAGUGGAUACAACCGCGGUGGCAGUGGACAUGGAGGGUACAACAAUGGCGGCGGACAUGGAGGGUACAACAACGGCGGCGGACAUGGAGGGUACAACAACGGCGGCGGACAUGGAGGGUACAACAACGGCGGCGGACAUGGAGGGUACAACAACGGCGGCGGACAUGGAGGGUACAACAACGGCGGCGGACAUGGAGGGUACAACAACGGCGGCGGGCAUGGAGGGUACAACAACGGCGGCGGGCAUGGAGGGUACAACAACGGCGGCGGGCAUGGAGGGUACAACAACGGCGGCGGACAUGGAGGGUACAACAACGGUGGUGGACAUGGAGGAUACAACGUUGGGGGACGUGAAGGAUAUAACGGUGGGGGACAUGGAGGGUACAACAAAGGCGGCGGACAUGGGGGAUACAACGGUGGUGGACGUGGAGGAUACAACGGUGGUGGACAUGGAGGGCAUGGCAAAGGUGGUGGUGGUGAAGAGGCAACUGCUUACAAAGAAACUCAAAACUGAUGAUAAGCAUAUUCGAGCUGGAUGAAACAUAUAUAAUUUCAUGAGUCGAGUAUUAUAAGAAUGUUUUAUCUUGCAUCAUCAGUACAUACUCCUUAUAUAUGUAAUACUUGGCAUGACUCCUUGUGUGUAUAGAAUAAGUUAAUAAGAGUGUACUUUUAAUCCAA